AUGGAUUGCGCUCUGGGCAUGCGUAAUAGAAGUAGCGGGGAAGGCCUGAAGCGGAGUAGGAAGCUGUCCGGCAUUCGCUUCAACUGGUUAUCCAUCCUGGAAGAACCCAAGGAUACCUGUGUGAUAGACAAACCCUGGGAAUGUGGGGACUGUGGGAAGAGAUUCAGUUACCCAUCCCAGUUAGAAAUUCAUCGACGAACUCAUUCUGGGGAGAGGCCAUUCUCUUGCUCCGUGUGUGGCAAAGGCUUCACUCAGUCCUCCAGCCUGCUGACUCACCAGCGAGUUCACACUGAAGAGAGGCCGUUCACCUGCUCUGAGUGUGGGAAAGGAUUCACUCAAUCAUUCUGCCUUCUGACACAUCAGCGAGUUCACACCGGAGAAAAGCCCUUCAGGUGCUCUGAUUGUGGAAAGAGGUUCAGUUGCUCAUCUGACCUCAUUGUACACCGAAGAGCUCACACUGGGGAGAGGCCAUUCAGCUGCUCUGUUUGCGGGAAGGGAUUCACUAAAUCAUCUCAACAUCGGAGACACCAAUCAGUUCACACAGGGGAAAAGCCAUUCACUUGCACAGUGUGUGGGAAGGGAUUCACUACUUCGUCCCAUCUUACUACGCACCAGUUUGUUCACACUGAUCAGAGACCAUUUAAAUGUCCUGACUGUGAGAAGGGCUUUAGGAACAGCAGUGAUCUACUGAUACACCAGCGCAGACAUACUGGCGAGCGACCAUUCAUAUGUUCCGUGUGUGGGAAAGGAUUUGCCCGAUCAUCCACUCUGUUGAGACACCAGUCUGUUCACACUGGGGAGAGGCCAUUCAGCUGUUCUGUGUGUGGGAAGGGUUUUGCUCGGUCAUCCCACCUAGCUGCACACCAGCUUGUCCACACUGACGACAGACCUUUCAAAUGUUCCAACUGUGAAAUGUGUUGUAAAAGCCGAGAUUAUCUUAUGAAGCACCAGCGCUGUCACAGGGGAAAGACCAUUCACUUGCCCCACGUGUGGGAAGGAAUUCACCCAGGCAUCUCGCCCACUGAGACACCAGCAACUUCACAAGUGACUGAAAGGUUAGACUCUUCUGUUAUUGCAGCUGUUGAUUACAUCCAGGACUGAACCAUGUUUAUUUGGCAUUUGUGGUCUGUUUCAACUGACAUUGCUAACUCCGCUAACUGGCUGGAGAUUAAAACUUUUCAGCAGGCACACGGAUAGUUCAGUCCUUUAAUUUUCUGAGAGAAGGCCAAUUGAUGAUAUCCUUCAUUUUAUUUGGCUUUUUGUGGGAGUACGUCUGGAAUCACAGAGCACAUAGUCCUGUCUGGGAAUCGUGUUUGUAGCUCAAGAUACUCAUGAGCAUUCCAUAGCAUCCAUUUCACAUUCACUGUGUUAGUGAAACAUCACGUUGUAAACCUGUUAAUUCAAUCUACUCAGCAAAUGUUUCUAACAAUUUUUUUGUAUUUACUCGACAAGCUGUGAACUGGAAUACAAUGCCUGAAAGGAGAACUGGAAGCAGAGUCAGUAAUAACUUUCAAAAAGGAAUUGCUGUGGGAUGGGAAAGCACGGGAAUGGGAGAAUCUUUCAAUGAUGAUCAUGAGUUUCAGACAGGUCUCUCCUCACAGGAGCCAUUUUGAUGUCUAACUCCUUGAGAAUAAAAGAUUCCAAGUCCAGCAAGUACAGACUGAUUCUUUGCUUGUUUUGAAACGCCAGCUCUGUGAGUUGCAUGUGCAGGCAGCGCUGUGCACAGAGGGAGCUGCAAACUGGGAUCUGAGUAGAUACUUUGGGUUUGUUGUGGCUAUGCCGAGUGUGCCCUGAAGUUCAGGGAGCUGUCGCUGUCCUAGCCCAUUUCUGAGUGUGUUGUAGGUGCAUUGGGACUCGGGAGUAGUCCUUUCAGAAGCUGCAUCAUUCAGCUUGAUAGGGGCUGGUCUUUUUCUCAUCUCAAAGUUUGCCCUCCUUCAUUCUGUAACCUUUAAUAGUGAAUGAGAGUUUAUCCAUUUCAC